CUUGGCAUUCCGCUCACGAGCUCUCCGCCUCUCUCUUCUCUCUCUUCCACCACCCCACCCCCUCCCACGCCAAUUUCGAAACAGCGCGAGAGCAGCCAAAAGCCGAGGGAGCCCUUCCGCCUCAGAUUAGAACGACACCCAGAGAGGAGAGGGCGCAAGGCGGGAGCUUCGAGCGCGAAUUGGGCGUCGAUCCGGCGCGGCGGCCGGGGAUGGCGGCCGCGGAGCAGCUCAAGGAGCUGGGGGAGAAGCUGCAGGCGGCGGCGCCGGCGCCCGCGGACGAGCUCGCCAAGCUCCUCGAGAAAGCUGCGGAAUGCUUACAUGGAAUAGAGCAGUCGCCGGGGCUCUCGGUGAUGGAAGCUAUUCAACCAAGUUUAAAGGCUGUCACCAGAGAAGAAUUUCUGAAACAUGAGGAUGAAGAUGUCAAAGUUCUCUUGGCGACCUGCUUUUGUGAAAUUACAAGAAUAACUGCACCUGAUGCUCCCUACGACGAUGAUGUUUUAAGGGACAUAUUCUAUCUAAUUGUAGGUACAUUUCGCCGACUCAGUGAUGUUAAUAGUCAAACCUUUGGCAGGAGAGUUGCUAUUCUCGAAACAGUUGCUAGAUACCGAGCAUGUGUUGUGAUGUUAGAUCUUGAAUGCGAUGAUCUUAUCACAGACAUGUUUCGAACAUUCUUAGAAGUUGUCAGUGACAGUCAUGAAGAAAACAUUGUAAAGUCAAUGCAGACAAUAAUGACCCUUAUUAUAGAUGAGAGUGAAGAUAUACAGGAGAGUCUUCUGCGUGUGCUGUUGUCAGCAUUGGGGCAGAAGAAAACUGGGGCUGCAAUGUCCGGACGUAAGCUUGCUCGCAGUGUCAUCGCGCAUUCUGCUGGAAAACUUGAACCAUACAUAAAGAAGUUUCUGACAUCAUCAUGGACUGGGGAUGGCAGUUCUUUGAAUGAUCAAAUUGAUCACCAUGGAAUCGUAUUUGAUGUUUAUCAGUGCGCUCCGAAGGUUCUUAAGGUGAUCGUGCCUUAUAUUACUGGGGAAUUGCUGGCAGAUGAAGUAGAUGUUCGGUCUAAGUCAGUUGAAUUACUUGGGGAAAUUUUUUCUUUACCUGGAGUCCCUAUUGUGGAACAUUUCAAGACUCUCUUCGCUGAGUUUCUGAAGAGACUGACUGAUAGAGUAGUUGAAAUCCGUAUUUCUAUGGUUGAGCAUUUGAAGAGAUGUUUAAUAUCGGAUCCUUCCCGAGCUGAAGCUCCUGAAAUCAUUAAGGCACUUUGUGACAGAUUGCGUGAUUAUGAAGAAAAUGUGCGGAAGGGAGUGGUGACCGCACUUUGUGAUGUAGCUUGCCAUUCACCUGAUGCUAUUCCAAUCGACACAAUUAAAGUAGUAGCAGAGCGUGUCCGUGAUAAAUCGCUGUCUGUGAAGUGCUAUACUGUGGAGAGGUUGGCAGAUAUUUAUAAGCUAUAUUGCCAGAGGGGUCCUGAUAACUCAGCAAGUUCUGAUGAUUUUGAGUGGAUACCUGGAAAAAUAUUAAGAUGCAUUUAUGACAAAGAUUUUAGGCAAGAGUCAAUCGAAUCCAUUUUGUGUGCUUCCUUGUUUCCACCGGAGUUUCCAACGAAGGGAAGAGUGAAGCACUGGGUUACAGCUGUUACGUACUUCGAUAAAAAUGAUAUGAAAGCUCUCGAAUCGAUUCUUCUGCAAAAGCAAAGAGUGCAACAAGAAAUGCUGAAAUACAUGUCCCUUCGGCAACUAAGCCAGGAAGAUGCCCCUGAUCUGCAAAAAAGAAUCGUUGGAUGUUUCCGAAGCAUGUCUCGCUUAUUCAGUGACCCUGCAAAGUGUGAGGAGAACUUCAACAUGCUUCAUCAGCUAAAAGAUGGCAAUAUCUGGAAAAUAUUCACUAGCCUGCUGGAUUGCUCAAGUACAUUCGAGAAAGCUUGGUCUCUUCGGGCAGAUUUGCUUAAGAUACUUGGUGAAAAACAUGCACUUUAUGAUUUUGUGGGCGCAUUAGCAAUGAAAUGUUCAUAUUUACUUGUAAACAAGGAGUAUGCCAAAGAGAUCCUGUCAGAAGCUUCUGAACAGAAGACUUCUGGGAAUACAAAGCUCAUCUCGGCAUGCAUGAAUCUUCUAACGGCAAUUUCUAGUUUCUUUCCAUCCCUUUUGUCUGGACUUGAAGAAGACAUUAUUGAACUCCUGAAGGAGGAUAAUGAAGUGCUUAAAGAGGGCAUUGCUCAUGUCUUAUCGAAGGCUGGUGGCAAUAUUCGUGAACAGCUAGCCUCAUCAAGUUCCCUUGAUCUUUUAUUAGAGCGUUUAUGCUUAGAGGGCACGCGGAGACAAGCUAAAUACUCUGUUCAUGCACUUGCUGCAAUUACAAAAGAUGAUGGUCUUAUGUCACUAUCUGUUCUUUACAAGAGGCUUGUGGAUUUGUUGGAAGAGAAGAAAGUGCAUUUACCAUCCAUCUUGCAAUCUUUGGGGUGUAUAGCUCAGAUAUCCAUGCCAAUUUUUGAAACGCGGGAAGAAGAGAUAAUAAAUUUCAUAACUAAAAAUAUUCUUGAGUGCAAUGAUCAGGAUAUGGUUGAAAAUUCUUCUCAUAAAUCUGAAUGGGGUGAUAGUACACAGAAUUGCUUGCUGAAGAUUUAUGGCAUCAAAACUUUGGUGAAGAGCUAUCUACCUUGCAAAGAUGCUCAUGCACACCCUGGAAUAGAAAAGUUAUUUGAUAUUCUGAAGAAUAUUCUUACCUAUGGUGAUAUUUCUCCAAAUAUGGUCUCAAGUGCUGCUGAUAAGGCCCACUUGAGGCUUGCAGCAGCGAAAGCUGUUCUCCGCUUAUCAAGACAAUGGGACCACAAAGUACCUGUUGAUGUAUUUUAUUUGACCCUCAGGAUUUCACAGGAUGAUUUUCCUCAGGUGAGGAAAUUAUUUCUUUGUAAAGUACAUCAAUAUAUCAAGGAGAGGACAUUGGAUGCAAAAUAUGCUUGUGCCUUCUUGUUUGGCGUUAAUGAUUAUCAUGCCCCUCAGUACGAAGAGUUCAAGCACAAUCUGAUUGAAGUAGUUCAGAUAUGCCAACAAGUUAAGAUGCGCCAACUUUCGGUCCAAGCAGAUAUGAAUUUGCCGACGGCUUACCCAGAAUAUAUAAUUUCCUUUUUGGUUCAUGGGCUUGCUCAUGAUCCUUCAUCCCCAGACAUUGAGGAACAUGAGAAUGUCAAAGCAUUUGGUCCAAUCUACUGGCGAUUGCAUCUGAUUCUUUCAAUUCUCCUGGGAGAAAAGGGUUUGCAACAUGGUGUUCCAGGCAUGAAAAAGGAGAGCUUCACUACAUUAAUAUCUAUAUUCAAAAGUAUCAAACAUUCACAAGAUGUGGUUGAUGGAAAUAAGACCAAGACUCUGCAUGCUAUAUGUGAUCUUGGUACCCUUAUUGCAAAGAGGUUGUGCAAUGAUCAAACAGAUUUAUCAGAAGCUCAAACAGUUCCAUUGCCUGCUCAACUUUACACACCACUUCAGGAUAACCAAAAUGAAAAUUCUGUGGAAAAUGACGAGAAGAUGUGGUUGGGAUGUGAGAAAGUACUGGCACAUUUCGAGGCUGUAAUGACAGCAAACGUUGAUAAGGUUAAAUCUCCCAAACAUAAGAUGCUUAUUGAUGAGACUGAUGAAUUUGGAAAUGAAGUUCCUCUUGGGAAAAUUGUCAAACUUCUUAAAUCACAAGGAGAAAAGAAGGCGGGGAGAAAGCAGAAGACACCAUCAAGUUCAGUAAAUGCAGGGAAUGAUGAUGAUGUCCUGGGUUUAGUAAGAGAAAUUAACUUGGACAACCAAGGAGAUUUGGGGGAAUCACAAAAGAGUAAGCCUAAGAAGCGUCAGACUGAGUCAAAAGAGAGUAACGAGAAGCCACUUGAUUUUUCCUCACCUAAACGCAAAAGAUCGAUUUCUAAUAAUAGACCACAUUCAGCAAAAGGUAGUAAAAACAGUGAUGAGCGUCUACUGCAUACUCCCAACAAAGGUAGGACUGAUAACUCAUUGGAAACUAAGUUGAAGGAGAAGAAAGGCAGACAUGAUUCAAAUGAUACAGAGCUGUUAGUUUCUCCUAGUAGUAAAACCCCUGUAUCUAAAGGAAAUAAGGGUGCUAAGAAAUCCCAUACUGACAUUUUGAAUAGUGGUCUAAAGAAGUCUGCUGAUGCAGACAGUACUAAGAGAACUGUUGAACCGAGAAGUCUAAAUGGGUCACUCAAAAGACAGAAACCAAAACCAGUUUCUGGUUUAGUAAAGUGCUCAACGCACGAGUCAAGCAGCACAGACUUGGUAGGACACCGAAUAAAAGUUUGGUGGCCGUUGGAUAAGAGAUUUUAUCAAGGUCUUGUUCAAUCAUAUGAUUCAUCCAAGAAAAAACAUACGGUGCUAUACGAUGACGGAGAUGUUGAAGUGCUUAACUUGGCUAAAGAGAAAUGGAUGCCAGUUGAAAGUAAUGAUUCAUCAGUUAAGAAGCAAAAGAAAGACCAUCUUGUGACAAACCAAGGAAGAGCACAGGAGAGAACAACCAGCAUUAGCAAGUCUCCGCCUAGCCAACAGAAGUCAAAAAAGAGGUCCUUGCCUCCAAAGAGGAAAGGGCAGCCAAAGAACAAACGUAGAAAGACUGCAGGAGGAAUCAAGUCUGUCGUAGGGAGCAGUGGAGCUGGUGGUAAUGAUUCAGAUUCAUACAAUUCCCUUGCCCACUCAGAUGUGGAUAAAGAUGUAGAAUCUGAUGACCAAAUGGAUGAAGAAGUAGUAAUCAGCUCAGCUGAGAAAGAGAAGGCUGGGAAAGACUCCAAAGAUGUGAAAAUAAAAGAGAAGGCACGGAAGGGGUCCAAAGAUGUGGAAAUGAAAGAGAAGGCAGGGAAGGAUUCCAAAGACGCGGAAAUGAAAGAGAAAGUGGGAAAGGAUUCCAAAGAUGUGGAAAUGAAAGAGAAGGAAGGUAAGGACUCCAAAACUGUAAAAAUAAAAGAGAAGGCAGUGAAAGAGUCCAAAGAUGUGGAAGGGAAAGAGGAGGCAGGGAAGGACUCAAAAGAUGUAAAAAUGAAAGAGAAGUCAACGAAAGAGCCCAAAGAUGUGGAAGUGAAAGAGAGGGCAGGGAAGGACUCGAAAGAUGUGGAGAUGAAAGAGAAGGCUGGAAAGGAGUCCAAAGAUGUAAAAAUGAAACAAAAGGCAGGGAAAGAGUCCAAAGAUGCGGAAAUGGAAGAGGCAGAACAGCAGGAUGACCAUAGUUUGAGCAACAAGGAGGAAUCGGACAAUGAAACCCUUAGCGUGUGGAAAAAACGCACAGCAAAAGCAACAUAGUCUUGCUUUCUCAGCUGACCAUUCAUAGUAGGAUGCAGAUUUCACAGGCAGCAGUUCGGGAAUGUGGAUAUCUCAUUGAUUGACCUUUCGCAAUUGACAGUUGUAAUGUAGAAAAUGUUCGUUUCAAUAGCAACACGUUAGUAUAGAAGAACAGUGGAAUAGGAUUUGCUUGUAAUGUUAUUAGAUGCGGGCACUUGUUUGCCCAUUAAGCUAUGGCAUGGCAUCCCCGGGUGUUCUUGUAUAUCCUUAAGAGGAGAGGGGUCAGAGGCUAUGUAACAUAUCUGUUAGUUCUUUUGCAGGAGAUAGUGCCUUGUUGUUGAACUGAUGCGGAAAUGUCGUAGGCAAUAAACUAGUGGCACGUGUUGUAAAACUAGCUGUGGGCAUCCAAUUUGUGGUCCUCGUUCUAAAGAACCGUACUUUGGAUGUAUAAUCUGACGCUGGAGAUGUAGUAAUUGGAUUUGAUAAGGUGUGUUAGUAUAGUUUUGUUUUAUACUGUUA